AUGGCUACACCCAGUCACUGCCGCUUCAACGUCGCUACUCACCUAAGGCCACCUAUCACAACCCAUCGCCAUCACCCAGCCACCGCGGGUUUUGGUCGUGCCACCGGCCUCCACCUUAGCCCUAACCCCUCCGCAUCUCCAUCUCACCCACGGCCCAUCACCGCCUCCCUGGCGACCACCAUGACGACCCCAACCGACCUCGAAUCACCCCAGCCAUCUUCUACCAGCGGGGCUCGCCCCACCUCCACCCUCAAAUACUGA